AUGCCGCCCUCAGUGCCCUUACCACCUCUACCCACCUCUCCUUCGUCCACAAGAUCUACCAAGUCUGUUAAAUCUACAAAAUCACGAUCAACAACUCUCAGAGGAAGUCCUAGGCCUAUGACAGGCUCGACCAAGAAACCUUCACUCACUUCGAUAUCCUGGCGCCCUUACAAACCGACGAAAUAUGGAAGCGGAAGAUUUUCCCAUGUUGAACUGGUGCCCCAGCCGAGCGAUGAUCCGCAAGAUCCGCUGAACUGGCCUCAAUGGAAGAAAGAACUAAACUUGGCAUCGCUGCUCUUCAUGGUUUGUUUAAUAGGCGCAAUGAAAACUGCCCUUAUUGCAAGCAAUGGGGUUAUGGCUGUCCGUUAUAAUGUCUCUUAUUCCUGGGUCGCCGUUUUGACGGCUGCACCCUUGAUGGUUUCGGCCCUGAGUGGGUUUAUCUGCUCGGUAGUCGCGAAACUGGUUGGAAAGCGGCCAGUUUAUUUGGCUUCAUCGAUCCUGAUCUUUGCUGGAUGCCUCUGGAAUAUGACGGCUGAUUCUAGCUACGGUUCUUGUAUGGGCGCUAGGGUACUACAAGGAGUCGGCUGGGGUGCUUUCGACGUUUUAGUGUUGGAGAGUAUCCAGGACACCUUCUAUGAACACGAGAGAAAUAUCCGCACCACUCUACAUAGCAUCGUCACGGUUUCGGCAACAUGGGCAUCCCCACUCUUGGGUGGUAUCGUCUCUUAUCAAGUCGGAUCUUUUACUGCUCAGUAUCGCAUAAUCAGCGCAUUCUUUGCUAUUGCCAUUCCACUCAUGGCCCUUACUGCACCUGAGACAGCAUUUGAUCGUGCUCGAGCCGCCAUUGCAACAACUCCUAUAUUCAUCUACACAUUCCCCUGGGAGCCUCAGCCAGUUCAACUUGAGCUUAGCAAAGAUUCUGUGCUUGACUACGUUAAGGAGAUGAGACCGUGGUCGUAUGAGAGCGAAAAGAAUCUUUCCAUCUGCAUCCAAUCACCACGAGCUCUUGCUGCCCCCACUACCACUCUUGUUUUUAUCGUUACCGCAUUACCUCAUUGUGCCCUAUGGGGUUUGAUUGCUUCUCUAUCUCUGCUAUUCUCAUCAUCACCUAUUAGCCUUCAUCCCAGCAGCACUGGGACUCUCUUGACUGGGCCCUGGCUACUAGCAAUAUCCGUCGUUGCUGGUAUCUGCUUCUACCGAUCGACAAACCAGAAAUUCUGCUCCUGCGUGAGUAACCUUACUUUAGCUGGCGGCGCGCUUCUGGCUAUCAUUGGCUUGACUUCAUUUGGUCUGGGUGUCAACAGCUUCAUGAGUUGGCCCACAUCAUCUGAACAGGGCCAUCCCGUAUUCUUCAAGCCUGAAGCAGCUCAAGAGCUCAACCUUCCCGUUUUAUCGCUUCAACUUGGAUUGCUCGCGGCUGGAGCGUAUGCUCUUGAAGCCGCCGCACGUCCGCUGUUGGCUCGAUCCGCAUCCUUCACUGCCUCCAGUAUGGCCACGGCACAGCGAAGCAUAGGUGAUAUGCACUCUUGGGUUAUUGUCCUACGAAAUCUCGUCGCUGGUGCCUUUGUCUUGGCUGUUCCCCACAUCAUUUGCAAGGAAGGGGGACUCAAAUCUCUCAUCAUCGGUCUAAGCGUUGCCCAAGUUGUCAUUACCCUGUCCGUUCUAUUGCUAUGGCGUUUCUGCGAAAAGGCUAUAUGGAAGAUGGAUGGCAAGGUAAUGGGACUUGUCAACUUGCGGAUGCCUCAUCCUGAGGCAAGCUUUUUCGAUAUCGACUGAGCGUCGCGAACGCCGUGUGAAGAAGAAUCUCAUUGAGAUCAUGUGACAAGGAAC